CAAAUUCUGGAAAUAAUUGAAAAUAUAAAAUUCAUUGCAGAAAACAAGAUAAAAUAAUAAAUUCAAUUUUUUUCAUAACUUAAGCAGAGUGAUAAAUAAAAACAUAUCGUGUAUGCAUAUAUUUUUUUAAAGUUGAAAAUAUGUAUAAUUUAUAGUGAUGUUAAUGUCACUGGUUGGACAAAUGAAAAUAAUCAGGAAUACACGUUUUUUGAAAUUUAAGUUGCGUUGUAAUUCAAAGGAAGACGUUAGUGUAUCAAACAAGUGACUAAGAACCAUAAUAAAUUCAUGUUUUUAACUUUAAACAAAAUUUUAUCAAUGGAGAUGUUAAUAUGUAUAAAUAAAAACAAUCGUAAAAAAUAUUUUCUCAACAUUUAAAAUUAAACUUUAGUGAUAAUUAUCAAAUUAUUGAUCUUUAUACAUGAAUUAUAAUUGUUCGAGUAUGAAGUAUGUAUCUACAGUCAAUUCAUCUGCAAAAAUUAUCAUAAAUGAGGAAGUUAUAUUUUCGCCAAAUAAAACUUUGGAAAAUAGAGUUUUGGUUGGAUACAAUGAUGUGAUAAUUGGAACUGUUAGAAGUAGAAAUAAAAACGAAGCGAAAAUGAUAGAUAAAGUCAUGGCACUUUGUUAUUCUUUGCAUAUGAAUAAAACGAAAACCGAUAGCAUCACUAUCAGAUUACACUCCUUAACAACAAUUCUAAUACUGAUGUUUUCAGCAAUUAUUAGUAGCAAACAAGUUGUAGGAAAUCCAAUAGAAUGUGUUCAUACCAGAGACAUACCCGUUGAGGCUUUCAAUUCAUAUUGCUGGAUACACAGUACGUAUUUUGUGACUAGAGCUAUGCUGGGCACCAAUGGCAUAGACGUUGUGGCACCUGGAGUUGCGCCCUCUCAUGGAAAUCAUCAUUAUGAUCAAAAAGACGAUAUAUCUUCCAAUAAGGAAACAACGAAAAAUGUAAAAUAUUACCAGUGGGUCGUCUUCGUCCUAAUAUUACAAGAGUCGGAAAACGGGAAGUGAGCUGAUUGACGUGUAGGUGUUUCCGACCGUUUCGGUUUGAGCACAAUGCGAAAUUGAUUAUUUUGUUUUUCACGAUACACACUGCCUUUGAACCCCUUUUCUACGUUGGAUCUGUGACAAGAACUCGAAAAUGGAGAAAUGUAUACUUUGUUCAAGUAUUGUUAUUUUCUUUCUAACCUAAAUGUUGUUUCAAAUGUGUUUAAUUCUUUCAGCUCUUUUUUCAAAAUUAAAUAUCGUUAAUUAUUA